GUUACGGUCGAGGCGUCUAUUUUUCACGCAGUGCACUCGAAAGUCAUGGAUAUACGAAAGCGAACCAAAGUGCUGAACGUCAUAUGUUUUUAACGCGUGUUCUUGUUGGAAAUACAAUGCAAGGAAACAGUUCAGUAAAGUAUAUACCAGAUGGUUAUCAUACAACAUCCAAUGGAAAGGAUAUUUUUGUUACGUAUCACGAUUCACAAGCGUAUGCAGCUUAUUUGAUUGUUUAUAAGUAA